GUCUCCACUAAGUUUGUGGACUACUGGAGAUCAAAGAACACACGCCAACAACAUACGUUGCUAGCCCUGGUCUCAAUUGCGGCUUCGCUCUUCUACUACGUGCUUCUGCCGUCACUUCCUUGGAACCGCAGUACUAUGUUCGCGAAAAGACCUGACAAAUACACUACGGGCCUAAUCAACCUACGGAACGAUUGCUUUGCCAACUCGUCCGUCCAAGCCUAUCUGGCUCUUCCUGGACUUACCGACUACUUGAACAAGUUCAUCACCAGUUUCAAUGAGCUUUCGGCUUUUGCGAAGUCGAAAAAUAUCGACAUCAACAAUGUAAUCCACCACCAGAGACUCAGUACGAAAAAUGGAGAUUCCAGUGCAGCCUCAACUUCAAAGUUCAAAAAUACUAUAUCCAAGUUUGACAUCUCGCUCCAUAUUGGGCUCGCCGACAUCAUCAAGAAACUCCAGGAAACCCAGAUGGCAUCACGAACUAUAUCCGUAUGGACUUUUCUCCACGUACUAGAGGGUAUCUUCAAUGCAAAAAUAUCUCGAUCACAACAUGAUGCCCAUGAAUUGACUCAGCUUAUCAACGAGACGUUAGAGAAUGAAAAUAUCAAAAUCAAAAACUUGCACAAGUACAUCAAGACCAAUCUCCACACCAUUCUCGGACUGAGGGACACUCCUUCACCGAGAGACUACUCGACAUUGGACAAGAUCCAGGUGCCAGAGUUUCCCUUCUCGGGGUUAACUUUGAGCCAGCUCAAGUGUCUCAAGUGUCUUGGGGUAUCUACACCGAACUUUGCUCCGUUCUUGAUGAUCACAUUGCACACGCCACAAAAACUGUCUAGUGACAUCGAAGACAUGUUGAACGACAACAAGACAGAGUCCAUAGAAGGCUACCAAUGCCUCAAGUGUAGGAUCGUCGCGAUAAUAAAUAACGAAAACCACAUGAAGCGUACCAUUCCUGAUCAAGAUGUCAAGCACAUCAACGAACUCAAGAAGUUGAACAACAACUCCAAACUUUGUAUCAAUGACGAUUUGCCAAAAGAAUUGGAAGACUUCAUCCGCGAUUAUAACGUAGGCGGAGUUAAUAUUUCCCAGAUCACUUCGACAGUGUUUAGGCAUACGCAGAUCUUGAAGCCUCCCAAAAUAUUCGGUGUGCACCUCUCUCGUUCAAGCUUCAACGGAGGCAAUGCCACAAGGAAUCCCUGCAAAGUUUCGUUUAAAGAGCACUUGACGUUGUCUAUAGGUAAGGAGUACCACGAGCAGUUAAGACAAUUCCAACACCAGGCAGAGGAAGAGGAGGAAAAGCAGUUGGAGUCGAAAAUCGAAGUCACGGCUGCACAUGUCUUAACCCGCGAUGUAAACGAUAUGGAAGACGAAGACGUCCAAAGAGAAGAUGUCGAUGUUAAAGGAACAGAAGAUGUAGAUGUUGAAGCUAAUGUAGUCGAUAAUGGCACUUCUACAGAUGAUGCUGGAGAAGAAAACGAUCUAGAAGACAACGACACUUCGUCUACUUCAACUGAAGAAUCGAUGCAGCCCUCAGUUAGUACCACGGCCACGAUGCAGAACAGUUCAAUUACCAAUGCCUCCGACAAGUCUCGUACCAUAAACAGCGCUCCAAUUUCAGACGACCAAUCAGAAAAGUUACGGGACCACUUCAAAAAGUUCAAGUUCAACGAAAAUGACGUUUACAAGUACAGACUCAAAGCCAUGAUCAAGCACCAAGGCUCGCACACCCAAGGUCACUACGAGUGCUACAAGAAGAAGCCUUUGUUUGUCAAGGAUAAGGACGGGAACAUAUUCAAAUUGUUCCCCGAGAUUAUUGACGAUUUUAAUGGUGACACAACAUACGAUGUAGUUCCGGCUACCUCUUCUGAGCUUGCAUCAGUGUCCAUGAGGACUUCCUCAGAAGGAACCAAAUCAUCUAUUAACACGGGUCAUUCUUCUUUGGACAAACGUAGAUCAUCUAGCAAUAGCUCUAUGGGCUCCAAGGAUGGAAACGUUCGUCGUAGACUCUCCACUAUGAUGGGCCGUCGUCCAUCUGUGUUCCAAGCUGAUCCGGAGGAAGCCGGUAUUCAAGAGAUUGUCAACUCAGGGUCGGCUACUCCAGCAGAGUUGUUAGUAGAUGAGCCUCGCGAGUACUUCUCAGCUGAGUUGGCCCUGGCUGCUAUUAGCAAAUCGGUCCACGAUUCGCAGAAUAGCCAACAUUCGGAUAAGGUCAAGAUGAAGAAGAUUCCUUCUGCCAUAAAACAACCCUACUGGAGAAUCAGCGAUUCCAAAGUGACUGAGGUAAGUCGAAGCACAAUGAUGCUUGAAAUGACAAGUGUCUACAUGUUGUACUACGAGAGAGUCGACCGCAAACAAAUCAAACAUUCCCAAAUAGUUUAG